CUGUGGUCACUGAUUCUCAGAUACUUUCAGUUUCCCACCUCUCUUCUGCUGCCAGCGAUGGCGUCUGCUGAUCUGAGAAAGGAGCUGGACUGUUCCAUCUGCCUGAGCAUUUAUACAGACCCUGUAACCCUGAGAUGUGGCCACAACUUCUGUCGGGUCUGUAUUGAUCGUGUGCUGGAUACACAGGAGGGGUCUGGAGUUUAUUCCUGUCCUGACUGCAGAGCAGAGUGUCAGGAGCGUCCUGUACUGAUACAGAACAUAACUCUGUGUAACAUAGUGAGGAGUUUCCUGUCUACUCGGCCAGAUCAGGAGGAGACUGGGAUCUUCUGCACUUACUGUGUGGACUCUCCUGUACCUGCUGCUAAAUCCUGUCUGCAUUGUGAGGCUUCUCUGUGUGAUAAACACCUGAGAGUACACAGCAAGUCAGCCGAGCACGUCUUAUCUGAUCCCACCACUGCCCUGGGGAACAGGAAAUGCUCCGUCCAUAAGAAGGUCCUGGAGUAUUACUGCACUGAGGAUCGUGCCUGUAUCUGUGUGUCCUGCAGUUUGGCUGGAGAACAUCGGGGACACCAGGUGGAGUUGCUGGAUGUGGCCUCAGAGAAGAAGAAGAAGAAACUGAGAAAUGUUCUGCAAAACCUGACAAUAAAAAUAGAGGAGACUGAGAAAAGAGUCCAGAGUCUGGUGGAGAGCAGCAUAAGUGAUCAGGAAAAAGCAGCUGGUGUAACAGAGACGGUCACUGUCCUGUUUAGAGACAUCAGGAGACAGCUGAAAGACCUGGAGAAGAGAGUCCUGAGUGAGAUCUCCAGGCAGGUAAAGCUCGCUUCACUCUCAGUCUCCGAUAUGAUCCAGCAGCUGGAAAUACAGAAGGACGAGCUGUCCAGGAAGAUGCAUCACAUUGAGGAGCUGUGUAACAUGUCUGACCCAGUGACUGUCUUACAGGAACCAGACACAGGUGACUGCUGUGAUGCUGUGGACAGAGAGAGACGUGAUAACCAGGUCCAUGGUGAAGGAGAUCUGGAUGUGGGACAUGUCUCAGAGACAUUACACACAUUAUAUGAUAUAAUAACCGGUAUAAAGAAAGGGAUCUAUGUAAACCUAACAGGUAAUAUAGAAUCUGAUUUAUUCACAGCUGUAAGGAAAGGAAACAAUGUCCCAGUGCCUUCAGAUAUAGCAUUGGAUGUAAAUAAACAAUCUGAUAUAAUAACAGGUUUAAAAAUAGGGCUCUAUUUCCAGGAACCUAAACCUAUAAUACUGGAUGUAAAUACAGCUGGUAAUAAUAUAGAUUUUCCAACUAGUAUGUGUAUUGGUAAUUGUAGGCAAACACUUAAGGCAUAUAGUUAUAUAAACUGGUCAUAUAAAAGCCAGAAUUAUCCAGAAACAUCAGAGAGAUUUCAGCAUUAUAACCAGGUGUUAAGCACCAGCAGCUUUUCCUCAGGGCGACAUUACCUGGAUAUGACUGUGAGUGAAUCAGGGUGGUGGAGUGUAGGGAUGAGCUAUCCCAGUAUAGACAGGAGAGGAGAGCAGUCACACAUUGGGUAUAAUGACAAGUCCUGGGCUUUGUGUAAGGGGUUGUGUGACCAGUAUUCACUGAUACAUGACGGGAAACAGACCCGGUUACCCGGCAAUAUUUCCUGUAAUAAUGUGGGGAUAUAUCUGGACUUUGAGGCUGGACAGAUGUCCUUUUAUGCUCUGGUUCCGAUGAGACACUUACACACCUUCUCUGCCACCUUCACUGAGCCCCUUCAUGUUGCAUUAUGUAUAGGGAGAGGUUGUACACUUAUGUCUGGGAGAGUCAGUAGCUGUGACGAAUGAUCAUAAGAAGCCCACCCUGGGAGCAGUGACAUCACAGGGAUGGGCUUCUGAUUGGGGGAAUAUAUGUAGCCAAUAGAAUGAAGCAGUGGGUGGCGCUACCGCUGAGCUCAUCUCAUGUGGCGUAACCAGAUGUCCCGUGGGCCUGGAUGUGAUCUCCUGCUGGUGUGUUACAUACUAUCAAUAUACAUUUAUUCAGGUUUUCUCCAUUUUUCUUGAGCUGUGAUUGGCUGCAGUAACUGCCAUCCAGUGUGUUCCCUAUUACUGCAGUCAGUGGUACACACCGGCACCCAGUGGCUGUGAUUUCUGCAAUGGGUAUAUGGGGUGUUGCAUUUUUAAGAAGAUACAGCAAAUCUUCAGGAGAGAUAAAGUGGAGAAGUUGCUCAUAGCAAAAAAAAAAGAAGAAGCUUUUAAGGGCGAGAAGACUAGAUGGCGCACAAUGAAGCAAUUAAUUUGUUGCUCUGUUCAGGCACGAUCGGUGCUGACAUUUCAGUGCUCAUACCACUGGGGUGGUAAGCUGAAUUGUAUAAAAAGUGACGAUGCCCAAACUGCAAUUUUCACGAUCAUGCCCGUUAGUUUAGCUGGAUUUAGUAAAUACAACACUAAUGGGUGUGAUCGGCGUGGUAGCAGGUAUCAAUUGAAUAUUGCUCCUGCAAUCUCCCGUCACUUUAGAGGGGAGAUCUGGUGGCAGUAGCAAUUGUAUCCCCCCCCCCCCUCCCCAACAGUAAUUUUAUAGGCUGUGCCACAUAAAUUAAAGCUAUAAGUGUUUUGGUUGCUAUGGGCAACUCCUCCACUUAAUCGCUCCUUAAAGUUCUGCAAAUUCAGUCCGAGAUAGUUUUUCUGUAAUAAAAUGAGAUGUGUUGGACUACACCGCCCAGCAUGCCCUAUUCCUUAGCUUUAUUAACCUCAUACUGUAUUUUUCAUAAUCAUAAAUUAUAAUUAGUAUUGGUAUCUCUAUUAUAAAAGUGUUUGUAAUACAGGGGAAUGGAUAUAGGCCCUCAUUCCGAGUUGUUCGCUCAUUCUUUUUCUUUGCAUCGGUGCUAUAAGUCGCAAACUGCGCAUGUGCAAUGUUCGCAGUGCAUCUGCGCCAAGUAAAUUAGCACAAAAGUUUGGUAUUUUACUCACGGCUUAACGAAGAUUUUUCAUCAUUCUGGUGAUCGUAGUGUGAUUGACAGGAAGUGGGUGUUUCUGGGCGGAAACUGACCGUUUUAUGGGUGUGUGGGAAAAAACGCAGGCGUUUCAUGGAAAAACGCGGGAGUGUCUGGAGAAACGGGGGAGUGGCUGGGCGAACGCUGGGCAUGUGUGUGACGUCAAACCAGGAACGAAACUAACUGAACUGAUUGCAGUGGCAGAGUAAGUCUCGAGCUACUCAGAAACUGUAUAGAAAUUUCUAAUCGCUAUUCUAUUCCCAAUUCUGCGAACCUUUUCGUUCGCAAUUCAGCACAGCUAAGAUUCACUCCCAGUAGGCGGCGGCUUAGCGUGUGCAAAGCUGCUAAAAGCAGCUAGCGAGCGAACAACUUGGAAUGAGGGCCAUAGAAAACAGAUCAAGUCGCUAUAAUACACUUGUUAUAAUCAUGUCCACGGUUGGGUUAGUGACUCUCUUGACCGAAGUAAUCUUCAUGGCUUUAAGUUUGAUUAUUUUUAUUCUGAUUUUCUACCUAAAAUGUUGGGAUACAUAUCUGGGAUUCCUGUAUUCUGUCACAUUUGAUGGCUAACAAAAUAAAAGCUGAUUAUACAAAUCUA